UCUCUUCAAUAAAAAAAAACACUAAACCAUCGCAUACUCUCUCCCAUCUCUCUCAAGAAGAUCAUGUCAGGCGUGUGGGUGUUCAAGAACGGAGUGAUAAGGCUUGUGGAGAGCCCUAACCAGUCAGGAAGCGACACAAACAGCCGGAGGAAAGUGAUGGUCUAUUUACCGACAGGAGAAGUGAUCUCAUCCUACUCGACACUCGAGCAGAUCCUCCGGAGUCUUGGAUGGGAGAGGUACUUCGGUGGCGGAGACACAGAUCUUCUCCAAUUCCACAAACGCUCAUCCAUUGAUCUCAUCUCUCUCCCUAAAGAUUUCACCAAAUUCAGCUCCGUUUACAUGUACGAUAUUGUCGUCAAGAACCCUAAUUACUUCCACGUCCGAGACUCCAAUUAAAGCUUUUUUUUCUGUUUGUGUGUGUGUGUCUUUUAGUUGUUUUAAUUGGAUGUUUGUUGGGGUUUGUUUUAGUUGCAUGUGCAUGUGCAUGUUUUACUGACGCUGAGGGUUGUGUAACUGUGUAUGUAAUCGUGCUUUAAUGAAAGUUGAGAUUAAUAAGAAAGUUUGG